AUGGAGAAUCUUCCUAUUAAGCCCUCUGGCAUCUUGAUGCAAAAAGAUUUCAUCACGCCAGAACACGAAGCCAAACUUGUCAACCUCUUUCAGCACGAGCUGGACUGGCCUGCACGCUCAGGGCGUCUAUCACUACACUGGGGGUAUACCUUUAGCUACAAGACGUUUGGAAUCGAUGAGGAUAUCCCUUUCAAGCCGUUCCCAGACUGGCUCGUCCCUCUGCUGCCCAUCACGGAAGGUCGCCCGCCGGACCAGGUCUGCCUUCAACAUUACGCACCUGGUACUGGGAUACCGCCUCAUGUCGACACCCACGGUGCUUUUGACCAACUAUAUGCGCUUUCCCUAGGCUCACCACUUUUCAUGCAGUUUCUUGACAAGGAAACAGGCGAAAAGACAGAGGUGGAUUUGCUACCCCGGAGCAUGAUCCAGAUGAGCGGGGACUCGAGACUUCACUGGACACACGGCAUCAAGUCUCGCAAGACUGAUACCCUACCGGAUGGGACAGUGAGACCAAGGAAGGAUCGUUGGAGUCUUACGUAUCGCUGGCUACGCGAGGGUGGAGAAUGCGAGUGUGGGAAUGAGAAGCUAUGCGAUACGGCGCAAAGACGACAGGGCAUGGAGAGAGAAUAUCGGUGGAAGCAAUAUGAGGAGGAUGCAAAGAAGAAUGAAAAGACUACAGGACAUAUAGGGUUGGCGAGUUGA